AUGCCUCUUUGUGGAAUAUCGACCACCAGGAACCUUCUUGCUGCAGAUAAUUCUAUGGUUCCCGUUUCUUCUCCGUUGACAACUCCACUAGGGGAUGCAGAAGAGACCAACAAAAAGGGAGCAGUAGUUAAGCGACUGAAAGUCCAAGCCAUCAAGAAGGAUAUCAAGCAGAGCCCCAAGAAGGUGAAUCUGGUAGCCAAGCUGGUUCGAGGAAUGCGUGUUGAAGAUGCCCUUUUGCAGCUGCAAGUGACAGUUAAAAGGGCAGCGAAAACUCUGUACCAGGUGAUCCAUUCUGCCCGUGCAAACGCAGCUCACAAUCACGGAUUGGAUUCUGAUAAACUUAUUGUGGAGGAGGCUUUUGUGGGGAAAGGACUUUACCUUAAGAGGCUGUCUUACCAUGCCAAAGGGAGGUGUGGCGUCAGGGAGAGGCCUAGGUGCAGACUGACGGUGGUGGUUAGAGAAGCAACGGCCGAGGAAGAGGCAAAGAUCGCUAAACUGAGAGUUAGCAACUACAAAAAGCUAACCCGGAAGGAGAAGCAGCUCAUGCCGCACCGGCUUAUUGAGGUUAGCCCCAGGUGGGCUUGGAAAAGGAAGGAGGAGACUGGUGCCGCAGUGUAGGACGAGUUUCUGUCUUUCUUCACUGGCGUGCACUGCGAGAGUUCUGAAGAACAACCGAGGAUAUUUCAUCUGCUGAGAUUUAAUUACUGAAGAACAACCGUCGCUCCCAUGAGAAAGAAUUCAUGCUCUCAUUUGUCUGACCAGUUUUUGUUCUUUGUUCUGUUUGUGUCGUAUGUGUGCAAUCUUUCAAGUCAUUUAGUCCUGUGACCGUGUUGUGGCACCGCUGGCGAC